AUGAAGUUAGGAGUACGGAAUAUUAGGGGACCUAAUGGUCCUUUCUUACCUUCUAAAUGGUCCUUUCUUCAUAAUUUUGAGAAUCAGGGUGUUGCUAGAAUUUUUUUGUUAUGGAACUCUCUAACCUUGAGGGUCUUGCCUGUUGGUAUUUCUCCUCAAUCUAUUACAGUAUUAGCACAAAUGAGUUCUUGUCAAGAGUCCUUUUAUGUUUCCGUUGUUUAUGGUUCUAAUAGUCCUACUGUUAGGAGGAGCUCAUGGUCUGAUUUGAGGAAUCUCAAAUAUAUGGUGGAUGAUAAGCCCUGGAUUAUUUUAGGUGAUUUCAAUGUUGUUGGACAUUUUUCUCAAAGGAUGGAUGGUAUUGUUGGGAUCCAAGUCCAGUUGGUGAUUUUAACUAUUGUCUCAAUGAUAUUGAUGCUACUGAAAUUGCUACCAAAGGUGCCUGGUUUACAUGGUCUAGUAAGCAGGAUGGUAUGGGAAGCACGAAAAGCAGGCUGGAUAGGUUCUGCAUUAAUCCGAAAUGGCUGGAGUUGUUUCCAAAUUCUGAAGCUGUGGCCCUUCAUCCUGUCCUGGCUGCUUCCUACUAGUGGUUCCCCCAUGCAGGUUUUGCAAUUCAAAUUGAAAAGGCUAAAACCCAUCUUGAGGAAGCUUAAUCGUGCUCAUUUUUCUGAUAUCUCUAAGAGAGUAGCAGAAGCAAAAGCUAAUCUUGAGCAAUUUCAGAGUCAGAAUACAGAUAUUAUUCUCAAUGAUAACCUAGUGAAGGUUGGAUCUGAGUUACUCUCUAAGUAUGCAGAACUAAGCCUUGCUGAGGAGUCUUUUAAAAGGAAAAAAUCUAGAGUGCAAUGGCUCAAGUUGGGUGACCAAAAUACUAGUUACUUUCAUAAAAAGUUAUGCACCAACAAGUUAGUUCAGAGUAGAGAUGGGGUUUUAUCGGAAGACCAUGAUUCUAUCAAAAAGAUUAUUGAUUUCUAUAAGCAGUUGUUGGGUUCAGCUUUUUCCAGUAGAUACACAGAUUUAGAUGCUUUCCAAAGUCUGGGUUUACCCAAAGUACAGCACUGUUCCAGAACUGAUCUCAUUAAGGCUGUCACUGAUGAUAAAAUUAAGACUGCUAUGUUCAGCAUUAGGGGGGGAAAGCUCCAGUUCCAGAUGGGUAUAAUGCAAGGUUUUGCCAAGCUAAUUGGUAUAUUGUGGGGUCUGAUAUUGCAAAAAGUGAUGCCUGUUCUAAUCAAUUCAUCCCAAUCAGCUUCAUUAAGGGAAGUUGCAUGGGACUUUCUUCUUGAUACAAUGGUUGCUAUGGAUUUUCCCCAAAAGUUUGUUAAUUGGGUUAAAGAAUGUAUCUCUUCAGUCAUGUACUCAGUAGUGAUUAAUGGGGAGCUUGUUGAUUACUUUCCAGCUAAGGGCGAUUAG